UUUGAACUUUUCAACCAAGCUGCGUAAAAUUGAUGAAAGUGGGGUUACCUUUAGCCUUAAUUAUUGUUAUUUUCCUUUUGAAUAUUUUUGUGAGCCACAGAGUGGUAUUUGUUUCCUUGCGAAAUGAAUUCGGAAACAACGAUGUGUAAAAGGCGUUUAAAGGAGAGAGUGGUAGAAGAAUUUCAAAAUUUGCAAAGCCACCACCUUGACCAUCCAGAUACAAUGCACACACAACUUUCAAAUAUUGGUCAUUGGUUUAGGGGCAGAAACUUCUAAUCAUCACGUGCAACCAACGCUCACGUGGCCUAAUCAGGUAGUGCCUUUGCCCUGUGUGCACUUAUUUUUCAACCAUAUAUAAAACCCAAACCUACUCCAACCUCACCACCAUGCAUGCAAACAAAAACUAAACCAUACACCAUGGAUGAACAAGGCUCAAGGGGCAGGGGCAAGGAGGACGCUGGAGAUGUCCGCUACCGGGGGGUGCGGCGCCGGCCAUGGGGGAAGUUCGCGGCGGAGAUUCGAGACUCCACAAGGCAGGGUCAGAGGGUGUGGCUUGGAACUUUCAACACGGCGGAGGAAGCAGCCAGAGCCUAUGAUAGAGCUGCUUAUGCCAUGCGAGGUUCAUUUGCAAUCCUCAACUUCCCCAACGAGUACCCUGUCACAUCUGCUGCUGCCACUCAUUCCUCUGCUGCCUCCUCCUCCUCAGCCUCAUCUUCUAGGCAUGCCAAUGUGGAAGCCAGAGGUAGAAAUGAGCAAGCAAGGGAAGUCUUUGAGUUUGAGUACUUGGAUGAUAGGUUGUUGGAGGAGCUUCUUGAUUUUGAGGACAAAAAGAAAAAGGGAUAAAUUAUAUUAUAUGGUCUACAACCACGUACUCAUCACCAAUCUCUACUUUUCGUGUCACCUAGAGAUUCAGUUAAAUCAAUCAUAUAUGUAAUAUUGCUUGAGGCAAUGUUACUACUAAUAAGUAGCUGUUAUGCAUGUAUGUUUAAUAUUUACUAAGUGGCAUCAUGUGGUGAUAAAGAUAAAGUAUAUCAGUAUCACCAUAAGUUUCUGAAAUGGGAAAUGCUUAAUUACACAAGUAGAGAGACUGUUGUUUAGUAUGUAUCUAAAAACAGCACACGAAUGUGUUUUACAAUUCGUGCAAAAUAAACGUUUAUGUAGCUGGCAAUGCUGUUCUAACUUUCGGUGUAAAUAUUGUUGUCGUUUGGUGACUGUGAUUAUGUGAAGCAGUUAAGGGCUUAUUUGAAGAUAAACAUUGAUGACGUUCUGUCUCUGUCUUGGUACGAAAUUAAAAUGUGUGUUCACUAGCAGUCAAACAAUGUCCAUGUCCCCUCCUGCAUUAUGUUAUUUUUGGCUCAAUUCAAUAUACGAUGUAAGACUCUGU